GGCCCCAGCACCCUCACUCGAUACCCAGAGGGCGCGGACAUCGGACCAAGCCUCCCGGAGCGCGGCGGUCCUGGCGGGCCCACAUCUGCAGGUGCGCCAGCCCGCCGUCCCGCCGCAAGGAGGGAGCCCGGGUCGCGCGGCCAGACGCGCACUGACCAGCGGGGCCCACAGAGCCGGGCGCGGAAAGCGCGCAGAGGAGCGGCCACUCUGCGGCUCUGCCUCCCCGAGCCCGACGAGCUCUGUGCCCGGAGACCCCCGCGGCAGGCUCGGGCGUCCGCCCCCUGCCUGUCCCGGCGAGGCUGUCGCGGCGUCGGAGUAAUUCCGGACUCUCCCACCGCUGCUUGUUUCCUUCCUUACCCAGGCCUCGGGGAGUUUGCCGCGGAAACGAAAGUAAAUAACUGGGCGCGUCUGCGCGGAGGCAGCGGCUACCACAUCCAGGGCGCAGCUCUGAGGGGGAAAACGUGGUACAUUUCUGGCCAUUCUGAGGAUUCACAAGGACACCAGCCAUGUCCUUGGAUGACAUUAAGAUGAAAUCUAGUGACUUUUUGGAGAAGGAGCAUCUGGACAGCGGGGGCUUCGGAAAGGUGUCUUUGUGUUUACACAGAUCCCAUGGACUCGUGAUCCUGAAAAAGGUGUACACCGGGCCCAAACGCACUGAGUACAACGAGUCCCUGCUUGAGGAGGGCAAGAUGAUGCACAGGCUGAGACACAGUCGGGUGGUGAAGCUCCUGGGCGUCAUCAUAGAAGAAGGGAACUACUCCCUGGUGAUGGAGUUCAUGGAGAAGGGCAACCUCAUGCACGUUCUGAAGGCGGAGGUCAGUAUCCCCCUUUCUGUAAAAGGAAGGAUAAUUAUGGAGACCAUUGAAGGGAUGUGCUACUUACAUGGACAAGGUGUAAUACACAAGGACCUAAAGCCUGAAAAUAUCCUCGUUGAUGAUGACUUUCACAUUAAGAUAGCUGAUCUUGGCGUUGCGACCUUUAAGAUGUGGAGUAAACUGACUAAAGAGGAACAUAAUGAGCAGAGGAAAUUGAAUAGUGUCUCUAAGAAAAAUGGCGGCACUCUUUGCUACAUGGCCCCUGAGCAUCUGAACGACAUCAACACAAAGCCCUCGGAGAAGUCAGAUGUGUACAGCUUUGGCAUAGUACUUUGGGCAAUAUUUGCUAAUAAGGAGCCCUAUGAAAAUGCGAUCUGUGAACAGCAGUUGAUAAUGUGCAUUAAAUCUGGGAACAGGCCAAAUGUGGAAGACAUCCUUGAGUACUGCCCAGAGGAGAUUAUCAGCAUCAUGAAGCAGUGCUGGGAGGCGAAACCAGAAGCUCGGCCAACAUUUACUGGCAUUGAAGAAAAAUUCAGGCCUUUUUAUGUAGAUCAAUUAGAAGAAAAUGUAGAAGACGAUGUGACAAGUUUAAAGAAAGAGUAUCCAGAUGCAGCCCAGAAUUCAUUUGUGAAGAGAAUGCAUUCUCUCCAGAUUGACUGUACAGCAAUACCUCCAAGCAGGUCAAAUUCAGCGCCAGAACAGCCCAGCUCGCUGCACAGUUCCCAGGGACUUGGGAUAGGUCCCGUGGAGGAGUCCUGGUUUGCUCCCUCCCUAGAGAAUCAGCAGGAGGAAAAUCAGCUCAGCUUGCAGAGUAAACUCCAGGAGGAAGCCAACUACCAUCUUUUUGGAAGCCGCAUGGAUAGGCAGACAAAACCGCUCAGACAGAAUGUGGCUUAUAAUAGAGAAGAGGAAAGGAGACGAAGGGUCUCCCAUGACCCUUUUGCGCAGCAGAGACCUCAUGAGAACGUUCAGAACCCAGGAGUAAAAGGCCUUCCUUAUUCUAGUGCAACCAGUCCUGGUAGUGCACUACAUCAAUCAACAGGGCUAACCAGCCAACCCCAAGUACUAUACUGGAACAAUGGAUUAUACAAUCCAUUCACUUUUGGAACAAGACCACAGGAUCUGGGAACAGCAGGCUCAAGAGUUUGGUAUGGGCCAAAUCCAAGCCAUAUGCCAAGUGUGCAUAAAACUCCAGUGCCUGAGACCAACCUACUGGGAAACACACCCACCAUUCCAUUCACCUCUUUCCCAUCAAGAGAUGAGUCUGUGAAAUGUGCCAUAUACAACAGUGCUAGCAUUCAGGUUGGAGACCAUAAUUAUAUGGAGAUUGGUGGAAUGAAUUCAGUGCUACCGGACAUGAACCUGAAAGAAGAGCCAGCUUCUAAGUACCAAGAUAUAUUUGAAAAUGUCACUAGUCUGACGGAUAAACAUCUGGACCCAGUCAGGGAAAAUCUGGGAAAGCAAUGGAAAAACUGUGCCCGUAAGUUGGGCUUCACUGAACCACAGAUUGAUGAAAUUGACCAUGACUAUGAUCGAGAUGGACUAAAAGAAAAAGUUUACCAGAUGCUCCAAAAGUGGCUGAUGAGGGAAGGCAAUAAGGGGGCCACGGUGGGAAAGCUGGCCUAUGCACUCUACCAGUGUUCCAGAAUAGACCUUCUGAACUAUUUGGUACAUAUCAGCCAGAGCUAACUCCAGAAGGGGCUUUGGCACCAUGAGGUUCUCUGUCUGAUAAAAAUCUCCUGCAUUCCAUAGCUGGAGAAUGGGAAAGAAAUCUACAGCAAGCAACCUGCUAACCAGGAAGACCUAGUAAUGGCCAAGACCCAAUCCAAAAAGAAGCCUAACCAUGUUUUGAAAGGGAGAGAGAGAUAUUUGAGGAAGAUAAUUUUCUUUCAGUUCAUUACAUAACCUUCAACAGUGCCAUUCAUUUAAUUUCCUGGAGUUUUGUUCCAGCAAGAAAAAAAAAAAUCAGGGGACGUAAACAAAGCCAACUUUCUUAUUUUAUGCUCUUUUUUCCACGUAGGCUCCUGUUAUAACCAAAGUCCGGUGAAAUUGUGCGUUCUCCUCAACUAGGUUUUUUUUGGUAUUCUAACCACAGUUCAUUCCAAAACUAUAAGGUCUGUUAACUUCAGUAUCAAAUGUGUGUCACUCACUACAGGCUUCAAGAAUUACAUGCAGUCUCCACUCCAUAAAUUACCUGAAGGGAUUUUAGGGAGUACUAAAACAGAAAAAAAACAAAAACAAAAGACAGAGAGAGAACAAAAAUAUCAGAGUUUUCCAGGCGGUUGUUGCAAGAAAUUGCUGCCAGUUGUGACUACAUCAAUUCUUGAUGCAGUUUUUAAGUUCUUUCCACUUAUACUUUCCCAGCCUCUGUGCCCUGCAGAGGGAGUAUGUGUGCAGGGAAUAUGGAUCUCUUCCCACCUGGCUGUGACUGGAGCUUCAGGGCUGAUCACUGUUGAGCAGCUUCCUCAGGUUACCCCAGGAUACUGUAGAAAUAUUUUCAUUUUUUUCUGUGAGCAGCUGUGAUGUCAAAAAAGGAUGCUUUAAAGCCUGAUAAUUGUGCCUUUGACACCCAGCCUUUCAAAGCCCACUCGAAACUCAGGAAUGAGUGAAAGGAACCAGAAGACUAGAAGACUGGAGGCAAGCAGGCCAUCCAAGGAUCACUGCCUGCACUUGGCUAAACAGACAGUGUGUGUCCUUGUGCUCUGCCCUUCUGGGAAGGAGGGAGAGAAGGAUGCAGUAUGGUGACUCUGGAUGUCAGAACAGAUUCUUCCAUCUGGUGGGCUGAUAACAGUAUUGCGGUUCUGAUUCUAAAAUCCCGCUAGCCCUAGCUCACACACACACACACACACACACACACACACACACACACACACACCCCUACACCUGGAGUAGAACUAUAAAACAGAAUUUCUCAACUUCUGCACUAUUGGCAUCUUGAGCCAGAUAAUUCUUUGUUGUGGGGGCUGUCCCGAGCAUUGUAGGAUCUGGAUUUCUGAAAGUAUCCUCUACCCACUAGAUGCCAAUAGUGCUGUUCUCCCCUCCCCUGUCCCCAGUUGGGACAAGCUAAAAUGUCUGGAGACAUUGUCACAUGUUCCCUGGAAGGGCACAGUUGCCCCAGUUGAGAAGAACACUGCUACAAAGUAAUGAACCUUGUGUCUUAUCCACACAUAUCCAGGCUCACUACUUAGUUACCACAUAGCAUUAGAUUACAUAGACCAAAAGAAAAAUUGAAUGGAGGAAGAGUCCCAGGCUUUGCUAGAAAGGAGUGGGCGGAUGAUUGCUUUUCUAAAUGUAUCCCUUGUACCUCUGUCCUGAGUGUUUAAAUUCUCUAAAUCCCAAAGCAAUUGAAUGAUUCAUGUUAAGAGGCAAAAAUGGUAUUUUUAAUGGACUUUUAAAAAUAAAAUUUUGUACCUCAAGUAUAA